AUGCUUCCCGCACGGGCUGUCCGACCAGCUCUCCGUACGCUACCGAGCCUUCGAAACCCGUUGCUGAGACGGCAAUGCCUUCCGAGACAAUGGUACUCCGACAAGAAACCCACCGCGACUCCGGCCACAACCUCCGCUGCCGAAGAUGACCUCCCCGACCACCGAAAGCUGGGCAUCCAACAGGAGCUCUUCACCACCUCCGUCUACAGCCCGGGCUCGCCAAUCUUCCUCCCGAACGGCACGCGCGUAUUCAACCGCUUGGUGGACUUUUUGCGGCGGCAAUAUGUUCACUACGGUUUCGACGAGGUCAUCACGCCAAACAUCUACAAAAAGUCUCUCUGGGAGGUGUCGGGCCACUUGCAAAACUACGCUGACGACAUGUACACCGUCACCAGCCGCGCGCGCGCCCCCGAGGAGAAGGCGGCAAGCUGUUGCGACGCUGGCAGCAGGGACCCGCCGCACGAGGGCAGUGGUGAGGCGGCCCGGAUGGCCGAGGGCGAGGACGACGACUACGGCCUCAAGCCCAUGAAUUGCCCGGGCCACUGCCUUAUCUUCGCCUCCAAGAACAGAAGCUACCGCGACCUUCCAAUCCGCUACGCCGACUUCAGCCCGCUACACCGCAACGAGAUCUCGGGCGCGCUUAGCGGCCUGACGCGGGUGCGUCGCUUCCACCAGGACGACGGCCAUAUCUUCUGCCGGCCGAUCCAGAUUCGGGACGAGGUGUUCAAGACACUCGACUUCAUGAAAACGGUGUACGGCGCGCUGGGACUGGACUACUUCGACUUCGCGUUGUCGACGCGGCCGCCGGACCAUUACAUUGGCACCGAUGCCGAAUGGGAGCGGGCGGAGGCACAGUUGCGCGAUGCGCUGGAGCAGGCCGGGCUCAAAUACACCAUCAAGGAAGGGGAUGGUGCUUUCUACGGCCCCAAGAUCGAUGUCAUGCUUCAUGACUCUCACGGGAAGUCGCAUCAGGCCGGUACGAUCCAGCUCGACUUCCAGCUUCCGCAGAGAUUCAAUCUCGAGUACCAAGCGCCGGCGCCCAAGUCGGAGGCUCAGGGGUUGCCGCUGGAGAAGGCCGACCCUGUCGAGCUCGAGACUUACGGGCCCGUGGCACCCGUCAUGGUCCACCGAGCCAUUCUGGGCUCGGUCGAGCGUUUGAUGGCGUUGCUGAUCGAGGAGUACAAGGGCAAAUGGCCAUUCUGGCUGAACCCGCGCCAGUGCGCCAUCCUAACCCUAAACGACACGGAACCCAUAAUGCAGUGGGCGUCCGAGAUCAAGGAUGUCCUGACGGGACAUGACCGCGUGAGGGACUCGAACAAGCCAAGACAGCCGCGCCCGACGGGUUUCGCAGUCGAAAUUGACGCGAGUCCGCGGUCAUUGGCAAAGAAACUGGCCGAGGCGAGGGAGAAAGGAUUCGGCGUCAUCGCCGUGGUGGGGAAGCAAAACGUGCAAAACGGGACCGUAACCGUCAACGUGAGUGACCGGUCGUCGACCAAGGAAGCCGGCGAUAACAAGAAGGCGCGCGAGGACAUGACGCCUGUAGAUCUGCGCGAGAAGAUGCAAGAAAUGGUGGCGACGUACCAAUAG